ACAAAUUUAUCUUGGCCUCCAGAACGUUACUUUCUUUUCAUUUUCCCCCACUUUCUCUCUCUCUACUUUCUCUCUCUAAAUUAGCAGACUUUUGUAUGCAAAAAUGGCUACGGAGUCUGUAUCGUCUCGCCGGUCCGAUUGCUCUGGUCUUCGCCGAAUUUUACAGGCGUCACCAGCUCUCUGCUCUUGCUUUCGCUGAUCGGUGAAUGUGCGUUUUUGAGCUCCGUACAGAUUCUUAGGAUUUGGAUGAUUUUGUUGUUGAGCUUAUUUACCCAUUCAAAAUAUGGAAUCUAUUGAUUUCCGGAUAAUUGAAGCAUGUGUAGUGGUCCGGAACAGUUAACUUCUGAGACUCCUGCUCUAUCUUUUUCCCCUCGAAGCUCAAGCUUGAUCAAGGAUAUGAAUAACCUGACAGGAGAUGCCGAGAUGGAAUUUUCUUUCUCCAGUCUGCUUGAACAUGCAGCUGACAAUGAUGUCGAGGGUUUCAAGCAAUCUAUUCUGCAUAUUGCUUCCACUAUCAACGAGAUGGGACUCUGGUAUGGUCGUCAGAGGGGCUCAAAGCGGAUGGUACUUGAGCAUGCAACUCCGUUAAUGGUUGCUGCUACAUAUGGUAGCAUUGAUGUUGUAAAAGUAAUACUCUCUCUACCUGAGGUGGAUGUAAAUCGCUUCUGUGGCCAGGAUCAGUGCACUGCCCUUCACUGUGCUGCUUCUAGUGGAUCUGCUAAUGCUGUUGAUGUUAUUAAGCUGCUGUUAGAUGCUGGUGCAGAUCCUAAUUCCACUGAUGCCAGCGGCAAUCGCCCUUUUGAUGUUAUUGUUGCUCCUCGGAAGUUCCCUGACUUAAAAGAUGCCCUUGAAGAGCUUCUUCAGAAUAGUGGCUCUGUUCAUCAACAGGACAUGCAGGUUUCCUCUGAUGGUGUAAAAUCUAAUUUUUUGCCAAUCCUUUCAUCAUCCCCAGAAAAUGAUUCCUUGUCUUCUGCCUUGGAUUCAACAUUUUCUCCAAAUCAUUCUAAGCCCAAUGAAAUUCAUGUCUCUUCUGCAUCAGAGAAGAAAGAAUACCCAGUUGAUCCUUCCUUUCCUGACAUCAAGAACAGUGUAUAUUCCACUGAUGAGUUUCGAAUGUUCUCAUUUAAGAUCCGACCUUGUUCCCGGGCUUAUUCCCAUGACUGGACUGAGUGUCCUUUUGUUCAUCCGGGUGAGAAUGCUCGAAGAAGAGACCCAAGAAAGUUCCAUUACAGUUGUGUGCCUUGCCCGGAUUUCCGAAAGGGGCAAUGCAAACGCGGGGACUUGUGUGAAUAUGCACACGGGGUUUUUGAGUGCUGGUUACACCCAGCACAAUAUAGGACUCGUCUCUGCAAAGAUGGGAUUAGUUGCUCCCGCAGGGUCUGUUUCUUUGCCCACAAAUCAGAGGAACUCCGACCGCUCUAUAUGUCAACUGGAUCUGCUGUCCCCUCUCCACGAUCAGCCACUUCUGCAAUGGAUAUGGCUGCUGCCUUGAGCCUCUUGCCUGGCUCACCCUCAGCAGUUUCUGCCAUGUCACCUUCUCCAUUUACUCCACCCAUGUCUCCUUCUGGCAAUGCUAUGACACACCUUUCAAUGGCUUGGCCACAGCAAAACAUUCCAAAUCUGCAUCUCCCGGGAAGCAAUAUCCAGACAAGCCGCCUGAGAUCAUCUUUUAAUGCAAGGGACAUUCCUGCUGAGGAGCUUCACAUGUUACUGGAUUUUGAAGUUCAGCAACAACAGCUCUCAAAUGAUUUGUCCUGCUUGUCACAGACACAUCUCAAUUCUUCCUCCACAAAUAUCCCUGUUCGUUCAAAAACCCUAGCCCCUUCAAAUCUUGAUGACCUUUUCAAUGCAGAGGUCUCAUCUCCUCGAUUUUCUGAUCAGGUUGCUGCUUCGGCUAUUUUUUCUCCAUCACACAAAACCAUGGUUUUUAAUCAAUUCCAGCAGCAACAGAACAUGUUAUCUCCUGUCAACACAAAUGUAUAUUCUCCCAGGAAUGUGGCGCCAUAUGGUAUUCCAUCUCCAGGGAGGAUGUCACCUCGAGGUAUAGAGCCUCAAUCCCCAUUUAGCACCAGGCCAUCCACCCUUUCCCAUCGGGAGAUGCACCAUCAACAGCUACGCAGCCUCAGUUCUCGGGAUCUUGGAGCCAACCUUCCGCAGGAUCUCGGAUCCAGUGGUGCAGGAAUUAUUGGUUCCCCUGUCAAUUCUUUGUUGAAUUGGGAGUCCCCCAAUGUGAAAGUAGAUUGGUCAGUCAAUGGAGAUGAAUUGGCUCGAGUUCGUAGAUCAUUUUCAGUUGGGCAUAGAGAGGAGGAGCCUGAUCUUUCAUGGGUUCAAUCACUGGUGAAGGAAUCACCACCUGAGAUCAAAGAGAUGCCCGCUAUACCGGUUUCAGAUGCUUCCUCAUCUGGUGAGAAUUCAGAAUUGAACUCUCAGACAGAGAAAAUUGAUCAUGCAGUUUUGGGUGCAUGGAUUGAGCAGAUGCAGCUUGAUCAGAUAGUUGCUUAGCAAAAUGAAAUUAUUUUACUGAGCAAGUUCGUGAAAAUAAAGAACAGACUAUUCAUUUCUAUUUUAUUGGUUGGUGACAUGGAAGCUAAGAAGGUAAAUGGUAGGGGUGGAAGAGGAAGGACAAAGUUCAGACAGAAGGAAAUUCAUUUUAUCUAUUUAUUAUUAUUAUUAAUAUUUCAGAAGAAAUCAAGAAAGGAGACGAGAAAGCCUCUUUGGGUCCCAUCCCAGGUUAGGCAUUUUUCUCCCCAUAACGUGGAAUUUUGUUCCCGUGAUAUAUAUAUAUAUAUAUAUAUUUUUUCCUUACAUGUAGCUCUAGGUUUGCUGUCCUAUUAAUUUAACUUUCAAGUUAUUGAUAGCAUUAUUUUCUUCUCAAAUAUAUUUCUUAAUUGGGGGUGGAUAGGUGUUGUGUGGGAAAGGGGAUAUUAUUUUCUUAUUGCAACAGUUCUGUUGUCAAUGUUGCUGGUCCCUUGACCCGUUCCUUGUGGAAGAAAAGAAAAAGUCAUUCAUAAAGGUGGAUCAGUUGUGGGGUUGCUGAUGUGUCCCAUUUUGUGAAUGAAUUAUUGUUGGGGGCAGAAAGUGACAGUUGUGGGGGCAUUUGGUUCUCUCUCUGUUGAUGUAACUUUGAAAUGAAGUUUAUUACAUUAUUUUUGAAUAACAAACAUGUCAAUACCUCAUUUUUCUUCUCU